AUGGCCCUGAUUGCACUCCUUGUCCUGUUGGCCGUCCUUGGUGCUGCCGCCACGGCUGUGCAGCGCCUCUUCCUCUCGCCGCUCGCGCGCUUCCCGGGCCCGCGGCUGGCGGCCGUGUCGGGAUGGUACGAGCUCUACUUCGACGUGGUGCGGCACGGCCAGUUCUUCCGCGAGAUCGAGCGCAUGCACCGCGUCUACGGGCCGGUCGUGCGCAUCGGCCCGGACGAGAUCCACGUGCGCGACCCCGACUGGUACGACACGCUCUACACUAGCGGCCGCCAGCCGCGCGACAAGUCGGCCUGGCACGUCGGCUCCUCGGGCGGCCAGUCGACCUUCGGCACCGUGCCGCACGCCCACCACCGCCUGCGCCGCCAGGCUCUCAACCCCUUCUUUUCCAAGCGCGCCGUCGCCGCCCUCGAGCCGCUAGUGCGCGAUCGUGUCGACAGGCUGGUCGCCGCCCUGCUGCUGCGCGCCUCCCAGCCCGUCGAGCUGCAGACGGCCUUCAUGGCCCUGACCCUGGACGUCAUCUCCAGCUAUGCCUUCGGAAAGCCCUUUGGCCUCGUCGACGCCCCCGACUUUGGCGCCUCGUGGAAGAAAGCCAUCAUGGCCAGCAUCGAGGCCGGAAUCGUCAACCGCCACUUCCCAUGGCUGGGCGCCGUCCUGACCAGUCUCCCCGACUCCGUUGCCGUGCGCAUCAGCGAGCCCGCCGCCUUCUUUGUCCAGCUUCAGCGCAAAAUUCGCCAACAAGUCGAUGCCGUCAUGCAGCGAAAACGCGCCUCGGACCGCUCAACGGGCCCGAGCAAGACAAUUUUUGAGGAAAUAUUGGAAAGCAGUCUGCCGCCCGAGGAGAAGACGCUGGAUCGCCUGAUGGACGAGGGCCUUAUUCUCAUCGGCGCUGGCGGCGAGACCACCGCUCAGACUUUGGCAGUUCUGACCUUCAAUCUGCUCCACAAUCCUCCCGUGCUCCAGAAACUGAGGAAAGAACUGGACGACGCCAUCCCAGAUCCGGCAAACAUGCCGUCAUGGCAGCAACUUGAGCAGCUGCCCUAUCUCCAAGCCGUCAUCCAAGAGCAACACCGCAUCGGUGCAGUCAUUACUUCUCGUCUGAUUCGCAUCGCACCCGCCGAGGAGUUGCGGUGCGGCGAGUGGACCAUUCCGCCUGGGACUCCAACCAGCAUGACCUCCCACUUCAUCCAUCUCGACCCAGAACUCUUUCCCCAGCCGCUCAAGUUUUUACCCGAGCGCUGGCUCGAGGGGGGAGUCAACGAGCACUCCAGGAAAUACGUUGUCCCUUUUUCCAAGGGCAGUCGUGCAUGCAUCGGUAUCCACUUGGCGACGGCCGAGCUGUUCCUCGCCGUGGCUUCCGUCGUCAGACGCCUUGACCUUGCCCUGUUCGAAACAUCGCCCUCGGACGUCGAGAUUACCUGGGAUGGAUUUGCCGGAGGCUUCAGGCCAGAGUCCAAAGGGAUCCGUGUCACCGUCUUGGGGGAGCGCACGUAG